AUGUCAGCCCAGUCUAUUCUCGUUGAUGGUAUCAACCAGGUCAUUAUCCGUGACAAUGUCAUUGUCAUGGAUAUCGAGAACCUCCUGACUGGCUGGCCGACUUACGAGAUUAAUUUUACGCCCGAGAACCCAGGCCCAUUGAAACUUAUCAUCCACCUCAAAGAUCCCAUCAAGAUGGUCCACAUUGAGGAUUCUAGUGAUAGCGAGGCAGAUUUGUUGAUUCCAGGCAAUCACAAAAGGAAAAAGACCUCAUGGACCAAUCGUGAGAACAAGAGGACCAAAACGUUCAUGACCGAUACCAUCAAGCUCACUGAAGAUCUUGCAGGCCUCAAAAUCAUGUCCCAGAGUUCUGGAAAUAACACUGUCAAAGGGAGAUCAGUGCGCUUAGUGGGAGCCCGCAAAAAUCCUCUGCCACGAAAACGCAUAUUCGACAGUAGCACUCAUUGGCCGCCCUGCCGUCCUCUCCAUUACAGGGACGUGGAAGAUAAGGAUUGCAUUGCCAGUUUAGAUAUUUUUCUGUACACAAGAAUCAUGUAA